CGAUGCCACCUGCGAGGGUGUGUCAAAUCGCGCAUAGCACCACUCAACUACUGCAGCGCUGAGCACGCUGCCCAACAUCACAAGCCACCUGGGGGGAGGAAAAAGGGCUCUCAGGGCAAACAGGCCCUGUCCAAGACAGCCCCACACAUGAUCAAGCAGAUACAACUGCAGCCGAAGGAAACAGCGACGGCCCCUAUCACUAUACAAGCAAACACACGCACGCUGUCACAGGGGGGGAGUGUGGGACCAACGCAUGGGAAGGGUCAGCUAAACACGUACACGGGUACACACGCACAGGCACCCGCACCUACGUGGAUAGAGGCACGACAACCAGCCCAUGAACAGGCACUACACCAGCCACAGACACCACAGCCCAAUACACUCUCGCAACAACAGCCACCGACUGCCAUAACCCCCGCACAGGCGCAGUCGCACACGCAGCCACACACAUACACGUAUGCACAACCACAGCCACAUGCGCAAUUACAGACAAAGACAUCAACACAGCCACAGACACGCGCGCAGAAACAACAGCCCUUCACUUCAUCGGAGAUGCAAAAGGUGUCGGCAGUGCAAUAAAGCAGAGCCAAAUGAAUUGAAAUAACC